AUGGGGGCACCUACAAUCCUCAUCAACAACGCAGGGCUCCUGGCAUCCCAUACCAUCCUCACCACAUCCGACGCGUACCUCCGAAAGAUUUUCGACGUAAACGUCCUCAGCAACUGGUACACUACCAAAGCUUUCCUACCAGACAUGCUCCGGCACAACAAGGGCCAUAUCGUGACGAUCGCAAGCACCGCCAGUUUCAUCGGUGUCGCUGGCCUGGCAGAUUAUACAGCGACGAAGGCAGCUAUUCUGAGCUUCCACGAAGCGCUCAACCAGGAACUCAAGCACCACUACAACAGCCCAAACGUUCUCACGACUUCCGUACACCCCAAUUGGGUCCGCACACCUCUGCUUGAGCCCGUAGAGCAGGAACUCAAGAGGCGAGGAUCUCCUAUUCUCGAGCCCACUGCCGUUGCCGAUGCGAUUGUAGGGCAAAUAAUGAGCUGCAGCGGUGGCCAGGUCAUCUUGCCAAGCGGUAUAGGCAAGGUCAGCAUGCUGAGAGGACUACCGAAUUGGGUACAGGAGAGUAUCAGAAGCGGCGUGAGCAAGACCAUCUACAGUAGUGUUAAAUAG